UUCUGCUGUGAUAUAUGUGGACAAAGAUUUAGCCAAAAAUCACAUUUAAACACACACAUGAGAAUCCACACAGGACAGAAGCCUUUCUGUUGUGAUCUAUGUGGACAAAGUUUUAGCCACAAAUCUAAUUUAAAUACACACAUGAGAAUCCACACAGGACAGAAGCCUUAUUGCUGUGAUCUAUGUGGACAAAGAUUUAGCCACAAAUCACAUUCAAACAGACACAUGAGAAUCCACACAGGACAGAAGCCUUUCUGUUGUGAUCUAUGUGGACAAAGAUUUAGCCAAAAAUCCAAUUUAAAUACACACAUGAGAAUCCACACAGGACAGAAGCCUUAUUGCUGUGAUCUAUGUGGACAAAGAUUUAGCAACAAAUCACAUUUAAACACACACAUGAGAAUCCACACAGGACAGAAGCUUUUCUGCUGUGAUCUAUGUGGAAAAAGAUUUAGCCGAAAAUCAGCUUUAAACAGACACAUGAAAAUCCACACAGGACAGAAGCCUUUCUGUUGUGAUCUAUGUGGACAAAGAUUUAUCUAUAAAUCAGCUUUUAACACACACAUGAAAAUCCACACAGGACAGAAGCCUUUCUGUUGUGAUCUAUGUGGACAAAGAUUUAGCCACAAAUCAUAUUUAAACACACACAGGAGAAUCCACACAGGAGAGAAGCCUUUCUGUUGUGAUCUAUGUGGAAAAGGAUGUAACGAUAAAUCAGUUUUAAGAAGACACAUGAGAAUCCACACAGGACAGAAGCCUUUCUGUUGUGAUCUAUGUGGACAAAGAUUUAGCUGCAAAUCAACUUUAAACACACACAUGAGAAUCCACACAGGAGAGAAGCCUUUCUGUUGUGAUCUAUGUGGACAAAGAUUUAGCCAAAAAUCAACUAUAAACACACACAUGAGAAUCCACACAGGACAGAAGCCUUUCUGUUGUGAUCUAUGUGGACAAAGAUUUAGCAACAAAUCACAUUUAAACACACACAUGAGAAUCCACACAGGACAGAAGCUUUUCUGCUGUGAUCUAUGUGGAAAAAGAUUUAGCCGAAAAUCAGCUUUAAACAGACACAUGAAAAUCCACACAGGACAGAAGCCUUUCUGUUGUGAUCUAUGUGGACAAAGAUUUAUCUAUAAAUCAGCUUUUAACACACACAUGAAAAUCCACACAGGACAGAAGCCUUUCUGUUGUGAUCUAUGUGGACAAAGAUUUAGCCACAAAUCAUAUUUAAACACACACAGGAGAAUCCACACAGGAGAGAAGCCUUUCUGUUGUGAUCUAUGUGGAAAAGGAUGUAACGAUAAAUCAGUUUUAAGAAGACACAUGAGAAUCCACACAGGACAGAAGCCUUUCUGUUGUGAUCUAUGUGGACAAAGAUUUAGCUGCAAAUCAACUUUAAACACACACAUGAGAAUCCACACAGGAGAGAAGCCUUUCUGUUGUGAUCUAUGUGGACAAAGAUUUAGCCAAAAAUCAACUAUAAACACACACAUGAGAAUCCACACAGGACAGAAGCCUUUCUGUUGUGAUCUAUGUGGACAAAGAUUUAGCCACAAAUCACAUUUAAACACACACAUGACAAUCCAUACAGGACAGAAGCCUUUCUGUUGUGAUCUAUGUGGACAAAGAUUUAGCCGAAAAUCACAUUUAAACAGACACAUGAGAAUCCACACAGGAGAGAAGCUUACCUCAGUCUGCUAUUACCCGCCGGAUCGUCUGCUCACAACCGCUCUCAAGCACCUCUCGUAUCCCUCCUUCCUGCUGCUCCCCUGCACGCACCAGCCUUCGUCCCUCAUCGCCCUCCUCGCAGUCUUCUUCUCCUCACCUCAGCCUCACUCACCCUCCUCGUGCCUGCCUGUGACUCUCCCUGCUGUGCUGCUGGCUCUUCCCCGACCCCAGCGCCCUCCCGCUUUCUCAGGAGGCUUCCUGGCUCCCAGCGUCUGCCUGGCUCCACAUUGCAGCACCCGCAGUCCUCCAGUUACCUCCGGUCCGCCUGCUCCUGCCAUCUCCAUCAUCCCUUCCCAGCCUGGUGAAGACUGUCGGUCACAUCCUCCACUACUCAUCAGUUUUCUAUAA